AUUUUAGAAUGAUAAAGUAGUCAUUAUUAAACAUCAAAUGUAUAAAUAUCUCCAUUGUUCAUUGUUGUUUACUGCAGUCAUGGCAUCACAGCACAUUGUAGUUGCAGCUCUAGGAAGACCUCUGUUUCCUGGUAUGCUUUAUGACUGCCGCAAGGACACCUUCAUUCCAGGUGUUACUCUGUGGGAUAAGAAGUCACUGAGGGAAGAUUUGGAUAGUCGUCUAAAGCUCAUGACAGAUUUGAAGUUCAGUAGCUCCGACUCUCUCUCUAGUAAAUCCAGUCUCCUGGAUUUGAGUGCUUCACUGAAGGCCAGCUUUCUGGGAGGGCUGGUGGAGGUGGGAGGAUCUGCCAAGUUUCUGCAUGAUACCAAAUCCUCAAACCAACAGUCCAGAGUUACAAUGUAUUACAGAGAAACCUCCAGAUUUGAACAGCUCACUAUGACUCACCUGGGCCAGAUCAUCUACCCUGAGGUCUUUGACCAGAAAACUGCAACUCAUGUUGUCACAGCUGUACUGUACGGAGCUCAAGCCUUCAUGGUGUUUGACCGGACCUUUUCAGAAGAGGAAAACAAGCAGGAGAUUGAGGGAGAACUGAAUAUCAUGGUCAAGAAGAUUCCUGGAUUUUCUAUUGAGGGACAAGGAGCUUUAAAAAUGUCAGAUGGUCAUGAGAAGAUGGUUGAGAGCAUCGCCUGCACAUUUUAUGGUGACGUCCGCCUUGAGAGGAGCCCCACCACUUACAUGGAGGCUGUAGAAGUGUACAAGAAACUCCCUGUUCUCCUGAGGGAGGAUCCACAGAAUGCAGUUCCAAUAAAAGUCUGGCUCUAUCCUCUUUCUCUACUGGAUACAAAAGCUGCUCAACUGAAGAGAGAAAUCAGCACAAGUCUGGUUUCCAAAACUGAAGAUGUAAUCGAGGAGCUGGGUGAAGCAGAGAGGACAUGCAACGACCUCUUCAGAAAUACACUGGUAAAUGUUUUCAGAGACAUCAAAGAGAGGCUCUCUUCAUUUCAGGGCUCUUUUAGCAUUUACAAAACAGUGAUCCUGAAAGCACUGGCUAGGGUCUUGCCUGCUAUACGAGGAGGAGAAAAGGAGGAAAAUUCAUUGGAAGACAUCCUGAAGAUCCACUACAGCUCCCCUUUUAAACCUGACAUGCUUAACCAGUGGUUGGAUCAUGCAAAGUCUGAACUUAACCUCUUGAGUUCUCACACCAAGGUGCUGGAGGGAAUCCUAACUGAAGACUCAGACCGUCUCAACACCAUCCUCCUUGAUCCUGAUACUGAUGUUGUGGUUUGCUUGACCUUCACAUCUCUGAAGUAUGAAGACCAGUAUCUUUCAACCCUGAAGGAGUUUGUGGAAUCUGCUAAGUUGAAAGAGUUAGAUGUGGCAAUGAAAAUUAGUUCUAGCAUGUUAACAUCUGUCAAAAAGUGGAUCAACUAUCCUGAUGUCAUCUCAAAGAUAAGAGAGAACUUAACUCUUUUCAAAAGUUUUUCAGAGGCUAAUAAAGAUGAAAAGAGAUACAGAUUCAUUAUUUCUGCCAUCUCUGAUCCAUUCAGUCCAGGCUCCUCCAUCUAUCUGUAUAAAAAAGGGAAGCUGACAGACACACAGUUCCAGCUCGUGUCGAAGCCUCCCCCACCAAUAGUGAAGAAUGUCCUGAAGCGCAGUGUGUCCCUGAAACUGCAGAAGUCCCCAACUGGAGAAACUGUGCGGUACAGAGUGGAGUACCAGCAGGUAAAUGCAGAUUCUGAUGCUGAGGAACAGUGGCUUGUCAAAAACACAUCUGAUGAAGACUUUACUCUGACUGGACUGGAGUUUGGAAAGCAGUACUUGAUCCGUUACAGGAUAGUGGGUAAAGUGGGAGUGAGUGAAGCCAGUGACACUAUCGGCUCCAUACCGGCUUCAGACAUACUAAAGGAACUUGAAGCCACAGAUAACCAAGUCUUGAAAGCUCUGGAAACCAGACUUGCUAACAGUGAAGCUCAGAUUGAGAAACUCCAAAAGGAAAACCGAGACAAACCAAAGGUGGCAUUUUCAGCUGCAUUAGGAUUAAAUGGUCUCUUUGGACCAGUAAACGCAGAUACAACACUGAUUUACAAGAAAAUCUACAGUAAUGUUGGUGAUGCCUACAACCCGGCCACAGGGAUUUUCACAGCACCGGUACGAGGAGUUUAUUAUUUCAGUUUCUCCUACCAUUGUCAUGUUGGAAAUCCAACAUGGUUGGCCUUGUAUAGAAAUGGAAAGCAAGAAGCAUUAACAGGACAUCACAAGAGUCAAUGUCAUACAGAGAACGGAGGCAAUGCCUUAACGCUGCGGUUGGAGAAAGGGGAUCGAGUCUAUAUGGUACUCCUAAAGAACUCAUGGAUCUGGGAUCAAGAUAAUGUCACAGUGUUCAGUGGUUUUCUUAUCAAUGCCAUCUAAUUAAAAUACACCAUGGGAACAAACAGAACAGUUAUGCAACAUGUUAUGGGUUUACAGGUUAAGGUCAAAUAUCAGGCUACUUAAUCCAGUCUUUGUUUGGUGAGAAUGAAACAUUGAAACAUCAAAAUAACCAGCUUCGAAUUAUUUUAAAAUGAACAUUUACUCUUUUUGAUCAAAACAACACCAUCUUUUAAGAACGUGUUUGUUAGCAUUUGUUUCCAUAGUUACUUGUUUGAUUAAUGCACUGCAUCUGCUUCAUUCUUUGGUUUGGAUUAGUUUAUAUAGUAUUGAGUAUUGGGAUGAAUAUUUAUUUUACUAACAAUCAUUUAAUCAGUUAUAUUUUAAUCAUAACAAAUCAUUUAUUGUUUUAUGUGUAUCAUUCUUUUAUGACAAAAGUACAUUGUUUCUUUCUUGAACUGUCCUUGUUGACCUGUGUUUUUUCAUUCUGCUGCACACGUAUGCAUUCUGAGUGUUUCCUUUGACAUGUGCAAAUAAUGUGGUGUUAAAGUACAUGAUAUUUUCAUCUGCAGAAAUAAACUGCAUGGCCGAGGCAAUGAUCAAGAACCUUCUUCUUUUUCUGUAUGUUCUCGAUCAUGACUCAAUUUUGCUCUUUGGCAUUCUGAUUCAGCGAGAUCUCGACAAAUGAUAUUUUUCCUUUGGCAAGAAUAUUUUACUCAGAUUUUGUUAAGAUCUUACUAAGAUUUUUAUUAAGAUUUUUACUAACAUUUUACUUAGAUAAUACUUGGAUUUUGAAGUUGAUUUCUAACUGUUUGUGUUACUCUUUUAUCAUAAUUUUUCUUUAUUAAA